UGCUGGAGGGACGCAGCUCCACACUGUCGCGCCAAAUGAAAGGUCCCUCCCUUUAAUUUAACUGUGACGUUAUUGGCCCCUGAAAGGAUACAUUAGCUUACACGUAAAUGUCAAGGAAGGAGAGGUAUAGGGAGAAGAAUAUGAGGAAAUAAUCGCGCUACUUGAAGAGCUUUUAUUUAAGAGACUCUGCAACUAAAAGAUCUCCAGGAGUGGAGUCGACGUGGAUACAGAAUACAGAAUACAGAAUAACCUCAAGAUGGAGAUGGUCUGGAAAGUUCUGUGCCUUCAGCUCCUCCUCUGCCAGACAUGGGCCCUGUCUUCAUACCACCACUUAGACCAUAUGCUCAAUGCUCAAACAGCCCUCAGGUCCUUGGAUGAGCCAAUGAGGUUUGACCCCUGCUGUCUCCUGGCCCCUCCCCCACCCCCACUCUUCCCUCCGCCCUCCCUGCUCUGGAAGCGAGGGACUACGGUUGACUACCCAGUGAAAGAGGGAGGAGGAGGAGGAGAGAAGGAGGAAGAGCAGAGGUAUAAACAUCUGCCUGUGAUCCAUGGAUGUAAACCAGGACCCCAGGGACCCAAGGGACCCCCAGGACCAGAGGGUCCCAGUGGAAUGCCAGGAAUUAGUGGACCGAAGGGAGACAAGGGAGAGAUCGGACGACCAGGGUCAAAGGGUCGUACUGGUCCUCCUGGGUUACCAGGGAGACAGGGACCAGCCGGAUGGCCCGGUCCAGAGGGACCCAAAGGAGAGAAAGGAGAGCUGGGGCUGAUGGGUCUGCCCGGGCUGAGAGGACCACCUGGAACCAAGGGUCUUCCUGGUUAUAAAGGAGAGAAGGGGUCUCGUGGUAAUUCAGGCGUUUUAGGACCAAAGGGCAACAAGGGCUCCGUAGGUCUCUCUGGGAUGUUGGGACAGAAGGGUGUGAUGGGAUCGAAGGGAGACCCAGGAAUUUCAGGAAAGAGUGGACCAACUGGCCGACCUGGGAAGAGAGGACAACAUGGUGUGAAGGGUCAGGAUGGAACCCCAGGUCCAAUGGGUCCUACAGGUCCUGCUGGUCCCUCUGGUCAUCCUGGACCCCCUGGACUACCUGCCUCAGGCCUGUACCUGGUAGGGGAGAAGGGAGAUAAGGGUGUAGCGGGAUCUCCAGGUGUCUGUGACUGUAACACCCCUGUGGGAGUCAACGCCCCACACUACGGCAUUUACACCCAACGAGGCAACUACCACAAAGUCCCCGUGAUCUUUGUAGUGGACAGUGAGGAGGAGUUGGAUCAUCUCCACACGGUCAAUGCCAUCGCCUUCAGGAAGGACCAGAGGUCUCUCUACUUCAAAGACAAAGAUGGCUGGCAGCCCAUACAGGCUCUCCAGUCGACAGAGAAGGUUCCGGAACGGGUGGGUGUGUGUGGGGACGGACUGGUGCAGAACGGAGAGGAGUGUGAUGAUGGAAACAACGUCGUCACAGAUGCCUGUCUCAAUUGUAGGUGGGCGUACUGUGGAGAUGGAUAUCGUCAUGAGGGCCUGGAGGAGUGUGAUGGAAAUGACUUUGGUUACCAGACCUGCACAUCAUAUCUCCCUGGGUCUUUUGGCCAUCUCAGAUGUACUGGGUCCUGUUCCAUCGAUUCUACUGGUUGCAAAUACUUCACCUGAGCCAAUGAGAAGAUGGCAGCAUUGCAGUAUUACCAAUUGUGAUUGGUCCACCUUCAGCGAGCCUCUCCUUGUUGUGGUCUAUACUUCAGCUCUGUUCUGGAGUAUUCCGUAAAGAAGAUUAGGGGGGGGGGGACACACCGUAGCUCAAAUAUGACAGACUGUGUGUACCUAUGAAAAACUCAAACAUUUUUCCUCUAAGCUACUAUUGGGGGACAGCUUUGGCCACGGGAGACCCCUUGUAUUGUGUCUGGAUGGGGUGUGGCUCGCAUGACUAUGGCUGUGUUGACUGUUCUCGUGACUCUACGCUGGUACCUCUGGCUGUAGCACUGUUUAAGGAAUGUUAAAAAAAACACUGGUGCUAAUUGGGCAAUAUGUGUAAGGUAUACAGGAAGUUAUACAGGAAGUUAUACAGGGGAAGUUAUACAGGAAGUUAUACAGAAAGUUAUACAGUAUGAUUGUAAUGUGUAUAAGCUCAAAUAUCGCAGUAAAGUUAAGCUUGAUUGUUUCAACAUCCAUUUGACAUGCGUCUCGACAACAAAACAAAAACAAAUUGUUUCAACAUCCAUUUGACAUGCGUCUCGACAACAAAACAAAAACAAAUUGUUUCAACAUCCAUUUGACAUGCGUCUCGACAACAAAACAAAAACAAAUUGUUUCAACAUCCAUUUGACAUGCGUCUCGACAACAAAACAAAAACAAACAAAAAGAUGUGUUUUAACCAUGUCCAGCACGUAGCUAUAGCAACCUCGGAACGCCUGUAAUGAAUUUACACUGAUAGUCAAAUGUGACGGAGCCGUUGACUGUUAAUUCAAUGAUGGUCUCUUUUACCAGUCCUCUGCAGAGUGAGUAAAGAGGCAUUCGGUCACUGUAGCUUCCUCACUACGCACUUAAAGGUGCAAAAGAUGGAACCGAAUAAAGCUAUUAAAAGCGAUGCCAUAGAGGAACCAUUUUACAGUCUCUGAAGAGAAAUACGUGGUGUGGUUCCAAAAGCAGAAAUGUUUUGGCCCCUCCAGGACCCGGGAUUGAAUAGCCCUGCUGUAGAGUUUUAAGGACUUAUUUGCAUAUUUCACAAUGUGGCUUUUGAGUGAAUUUUAGGUACCAUUACCACCCAUUACUUUGUUUUCUAGUGACAGAGACAUUUAUUUUAUUUUUUUUUGCAGUUUUUCAUUUUCUGUCCUGUAGCCUUCACCAGGUGAGAGUCAAAGUGAAUAUGUCAUUAUUCAUUAUUUUAAACCUAAUAACAGUGGCCUGAAAUUUGUCGUUUACAGGCCACAUUAAGCCUGCAAGUCACAUUAUGCUGGUUUGCCAGAUGUUGUGUAAUUCCUAUUGGAAUCCAGCCAGACUGGAUAUAUUCAACAUGUAGAGGUUUUUAUUCACCCACAACCUGCAUUCAGAAUGACUGCCAGUGUUGAAAAGAAAAAUACAUGAGACUAUCUUAAACAUAUAAACUGGGACAUCAAUUUCAGUAACGGGUGCAAUAAAUCCAAGUAACAGAUUGGAAUUGUUUAGAAAAAUGCUUUUAUUUAUAUUGAACUAACAUCAGAUUGAUGAAUCAAUGAAUGUACAUGCAUAGAUAUUGAAACAAACCAUUUCAAAAAUCUAACUGCAAUAGAGAAUGCUGGGAAAUAUGGUAAUGAUGGGAGUGGUUUUGAAAGGGACACAGCUGCAGGCUUCCAUACAUUUUCAAGAACCUUGUAGGAUUCUGAAGAACCAUUUGAUGCCACGUCAAGAACCCCACACUUCACUCAUAGGUUAUUUUAGCGGGUAAGAGCUCUCCAAGGAACCUUAAGAGCUGAGGUAGAACCAUUUUUAAGAACCUUCAUCUUUUUCAGCAUUUAAGAAAGAGUACUAUUCAGCCAACAUUGUCUUUCCAAAGAAGUGUCUGAUACUUUAUUUAUGCAAAUUAGGAGUGUGUAAAUAGCUCUGCUUGACGUAUUUAAUCUUUAAUUAAUUGAGAACAAAUGAUAUCUUACGAUAAAGACCUAUUUGUAUUUAUAUACUAUAAUGCUUGUGUCUAGGGUCUACUGUAUGUACUACUGUAGGGUCUACUGUAUGUACUACUGUAGGGUCUACUGUAUGUACUACUGUAGGGUCUACUGUAUGUACUACUGUAGGGUCUACU